AUGGGACGCAUCCAUUCAAAAACGAAAAAACGAAGUUCUGCAUUUAAGAACGACGGUUUGAAGCAAAAUCCCGUACGUAACCCUGAACGAACUAUUUAUGUACCAGAUCCAACGGCCAAUAAGCAGCAAAGGCCACAAAACACUGGAAGCCUUCUGCCUGGACAAAGAUUUCCACAAGCAGAACCAGAGGAGACUGGGAAUAUUGUUGUAGCUUUAUACCCAUAUCAAGGCAUCCACCAAGAUGACUUGACCUUCAAGAAGGGUGAAAAAUUGAAAGUAAUUGAAGAGCAUGGAGAGUGGUGGAAAGCAAAGUCCUUGACCACAAAGAAAGAAGGAUUUAUCCCAAGCAACUAUGUAGCCAAAAUUAAUACACUAGAGACAGAAGAAUGGUUUUUCAAGGACAUUACAAGAAAGGAUGCAGAAAGGCAGCUGCUGGCUCCUGGAAAUAAUGCUGGUGCUUUCCUGAUCAGAGAGAGUGAAACUCAGAAAGGCAGCUACUCAUUAUCAAUAAGAGAUUUUGAUCCGAAAACUGGCGAUGUCAUUAAACACUACAAAAUCAGAACUCUUGACAAUGGUGGCUUUUAUAUAUCUCCUAGAAUUACUUUCCCAUGUGUUAGUGACAUGAUCCAACAUUAUCAGAAACAAGCAGAUGGGCUAUGUAGGAAACUUGAAAAACCAUGCUAUACUCCCAAGCCACAGAAACCUUGGGACAAAGAUGCCUGGGAAAUUCCAAGAGAGUCAAUCAAGCUGGUGAAGAAACUUGGAGCUGGCCAAUUUGGUGAAGUCUGGAUGGGUUUCUAUAACAAUAAUACAAAGAUAGCAGUGAAAACGUUGAAAGCUGGAACCAUGUCAGUGGAAGCUUUUAUGCAGGAGGCAAAUCUAAUGAAGACUCUGCAGCAUGAUAAACUGGUCAGACUUUAUGCGGUGGUCACAAAGCAGGAACCCAUUUAUAUCAUCACAGAAUUCAUGGCCAAAGGGAGCCUACUAGAUUUUAUGAAGAGCGAAGAAGGUACCAGAGUUAUCCUUCCCAAGCUGAUUGACUUUUCUGCUCAGAUUGCAGAAGGAAUGGCUUACAUAGAAAAAAAGAACUACAUCCACCGGGACCUCAGGGCGGCCAAUGUACUAGUCUCUGAGUCUCUAAUGUGUAAAAUUGCUGACUUUGGUCUGGCUCGAGUCAUUGAAGAUGAUGAAUACACAGCACAAGAAGGUGCAAAAUUCCCCAUUAAAUGGACAGCUCCAGAGGCCAUCAACUUUGGAUCCUUUACAAUUAAAUCAGAUGUCUGGUCCUUUGGCAUUCUCCUGGCUGAAAUAAUCACAUAUGGGAAGAUCCCCUAUCCAGGCAUGAGCAAUGCAGAAGUGAUGGCAGCACUGCAGCGUGGUUACCGGAUGCCACGGAUGGACAACUGCCCUGAGGAGUUAUAUGAUAUUAUGAAACAGUGCUGGAAAGAAAAAGCUGAAGAAAGACCCACAUUUGAUUACUUACAAAGUGUUCUAGAUGACUUCUACACAGCCACAGAGAGCCAGUAUCAACAGCAACCCUAG